AAGCCCUUCAUCUGUUGGUGAGAUUCCAAGUAUGAGACGCCAGCACCACUCCUGCGAUCAAUGCCGAAAGUCCAAGAGAGCAUGCGAUGCCCCGCCUUUAGGUUCGACGCGACGCCAUUCUGUGAGCGCGGCCUCGAUUGGAUCGGAUGAGCGACCUGUCUCUGCGUCAAGAAUAAGGCCAUGCUCAUACUGUUUGAGGACCAAGAAAACAUGCACAAUGGAAUGGGCUCAGUCGCAGAUUCAUUCUGGAGCCUCUCUAUCCACCACUUCGAGUGCCAGUCACCGGUCAAGGAACCCUAUCCCAUCGAAGCGUCAGACGACAGACACUGGAAACGGCGCAUCAUGGGCUACCAAAGAUGUGGAUGACGAGAUUGAUCCUAGAUCUGCGUCAGCUCUCUUGCAGGACCCGGCUCAAAUCCCGGAUCUCGUUUUCCCGCAUCUGUCACUCCUUGAUAUAGACCUAUCAUCUACACUUCCAGUCGGUUCGCUGGAUGUCCUCGAGUUUGAUAGUAUACUCGAAGAAGCAUCGCAGGCUGAGAUACUAGGGCCUUCACUUGAUGGAUUGGCCGCACCUUCCACAUGUCUCACGGAGACGGUCUCCCGCAACGCCUCGACUUCUUCAGACAGCUCAGCGCCUCAAGCCCCGAAAAGACGCCGAAGAUCGAGUGGCUGGCGCGACUACCAAAGCUCACUCUCUCCGUUCUCCAUCGAUCAAACCAUGAUGGCCCGGUCAAACAAUCAGCUCAUCUCCACAAACCUACUCCAGAUUUACCACGACGUUUUUGAGCACAACCUCUCGUGCUGGUUGACGGAAGUCACCUGUCCAUAUAAGACACAACGAUGGAGUCCAGAUGUGGUCAACACUGCAAAUCUCAAAAAGGAAUGGGGACCAUUCUGGUCCAACAGGAUAUACCGCCGAACCGUCAAACUCGAUCGAGUGGCACAAUCGACCAAGAUGAUACAGCUGGUUCGGUCGGAAGACCAGGCAGCGUUAAGAGCACUCCACCUUGCCAUCAUGGCAUUUGCCACGCAGUGGGCCCAAGGAAGCCGUCGCCAAAGACAGAGAUACUCGGCAGCCAGAGACGGUGCUGAUGAUAACCUGGCAGAAGAACUUGCCGACGAAAUGACGGAAGAGUUUGACCGGAAUCUUCAACGUCACUUCUGGGAACAAGCCCAGCGAGCUUUGCAAGAUGUCUCCGAUCUGGAGUCCUACAGAGUGGUGUGCGCGGAAUUAAUCUUUGGAUUAACGCAGAAGCCGUGGGCAAACGACGAUCACCCGGGAGUCAUUGACCCAGCGAUGUUUGCAAGUAGUCGUGGAGGGAGAGACGUAAAGACGUCCGCCCUAGCUCAGAUCAACCGCAUCAUCUCCAAAGAGGGGCCACCGACCUAUAUGGAGAGGGCAGCCCGGAAGAUGCAUGCGCUCAAGUAUCGAUAUGACUCUACUAGACGAGGUCUAGGUGCCAACACCAACGGGCAAGCCGGGAAAAUGGCUGACAGCAUCCCAUCCAUGAGCGGUGAGGAUCGAGGCACUAUUGGGCUUCUCUAUUGGCUUGCCGUCAUGUUUGAUACGGUUUCAUCUUCAAUGAACGAGCGACCAGUUGUCGUCGCCGAUGAGGACUGUCAGCAUUCCUCUGUUCAAGAGGAAAUUUACACCGCCGAACCAGAAGAAACCUCGACCGGACGGUGGAAAAUAGAUGUAUUCAUCCAAGACGGCCUUGAUGAACCGGGCGACUUUCUCCAUUGGCCUUGUUCUUAUGAAGUGGCCGCUGAAGCUGUCACCAAAUCAGCACCGAUCAAAGUCUUGUUGUUCAGACACGUCUCCUACUUGCAAAAUAUUCUUCGAAAAGGUGGCCGUGGUCAGAAAGUCGAGGAAAUCAUCAGGAGCACCACGUCUGUCUAUAUGUAUUGGAUCAUGACUUACGGAUCCUUCUUUCGAGAACUGGUGCAGCACUUUGAUUCGGUGCCGCCGCGAAUUCAGAGCUGGUUUGUGUGUAUCUCUGCACAUUGGCACCUCGCGGCCCUCAUGUUGGCCGAUAUAGUUGAAUUUGUUGAUAAGAACGGUCUGGGUGUCAACAUUGAGGCGCGCUGUCGUGCCAACAGCAAAAUGGCCUGCAGGAUACGGGAAACAAGCGUGAGAGAACUUUCUGAUCUCGCAAGCGUUGCAACACCACCUGCCGAAGAAGCAAGUUCAGCCAUGCCCCAACUCCAAGAUUUCCAUCACGCAGUCAACGAAGGAACCAUUUUGACUGAACCUUGGACAAUGAUUCUGAUUAGGGCCUUUAGCAAGGCGUCUGUCAUACUUUUAGGAGAGGCAGAUGAAUCUUUGCGGUACGGCAGGGGCACGCUUGGCCAUAAUAGUGAGGACUUUAAAGAUAGCCUGGAGAGGGCGGAAGAAUGCAUCAAGGGAUUAUGGCUUUUGGGAAAGAAGUCGGAUAUGGCAAGGAAAAUUGCAGAAGUUUUGUCGGUAGCAUCAGACAGGUUGAGAAGAUGAGUGGCAACCGUGGAGCUUGU